UUUUCAGUAACCCUCUGUUCCCUGGAGAGAGGAAAAAAAAACACAACAGGUUAGAAAAGUCCUCAAACACUUGACACCUGCUGGACAAACAGUCAGAAAAUCACAGGCAAUAGGUGCCCUUGGUGCUGUUUCCCACAAGGCAGCAGCUGAAGCACCCAGGAAGUGAGCUGUAAUAGAAAACGUCUUUACAUGAAGGGGUAUGCCCAAAGCUGAAAGUUUCAGGGAUUUUCAUUCCCUUAUGAGAUAGGAAAACACAUUCACACAAAUAGGACGGUGCCUUAUUGAAAAAAGGCUUAUGUGGUGGAAUGAAUUCCAUUGUUCAGCCUGCUGGCACAGAUAGGGUUAAGCCAGAAGCGAUUUCCUACAUGACGUGAACACGUAAGGUCUGCGUUGUUCCUCUCUGUGGACAUUGAGCUUGGCUUGCCCUUACAAUUCCUACUCUCUGCCUCUCCUCCACCCCUUCUUCUCUUUCCAACAGAGGCACACACCCUACAGGAAUCAAACGUGUGCACGUAUUAAAGUUACUCCGCGCUGCUGCUACGUCUCUGCUCGCACUUUCUUCCUUUAAAUGAUCCUGAAGAAGAAUCCCGAAAACCUCUUUGUUUUUCUUUUAAGGGGAACACCCACAUUUAAAACUGCACCCUCAGUAGCUGUAGAGAUACAACAAGUAUACGGCAGGCUGGCGGAUCAGCACGUAGAAGGGGUUAAAGCCGACCGCCCCAGCUCUGUUGUGCGUAUGCAAUAAUCUGUGUGGCUGCCUUGGCCGUCUGCCAGAGUGUUGCCUUGCCUCCACACACACUCUCUGCCCCCCCCCUUCCUCCCUUUUGCAUGAAGUAGGAUCCUUGAGCUGUUGCAGAGGCAGCCAACUGCUCCAUAUUUGGCUUCUAUUACACAUUUACAUACUGGAGAGAGAGAGGGAGAGAGCUGUACUGCAGACAUCAUUUCUACUACAGUAGAGGAGACGUACAAGACCUGUCUUUCUGCGAGGGGGGGCAGAGUAGGAGGAAAAAAAAAGCAAUAGCUCAGACACCCUCUUCAUCCAACAAGCCCCUAUACUGCACUUUACAAUAUAAGGUCACGAAUAUGCUGCAGUGCAGUUGAAAUACAGAGAAAACACUGUGGCAGAUAAGGAAUAUAUCAAACAACUGUAUGGUGGCUAUGGUGGUAGAGAAGCCUCAUGAACUAUCUACAUGCACAAGUUAUGCCAAGAAAUAAAACCAAGACUGUUUAAUGAAGAAGCUGGACCUUCCUCUAUUAGAAACUCAGAAACAGAUCCAUCAAACAGGCAUUGAUAUAUAUAGAUCUGUGUGUGUGAAUAAAGAGCACGCUGGAAACCAUCAUACAAGACACCCAUGAAAAAGACUGCAGAACCCUCACAGUGAAUGUCAUUUCACAUCAACUGUUGGAAGAUUGUGCUCCAAGGGAGAUGAUUCCUCAUGAAGUCAUUGGGAUCUCUAACAGAUUUAAAUGCGACUUUCCAUUCACCAGACUGAAAUCAGCGUCAGUCAGACAGUGAGCAAGCAGUGGUGGUUGGCGGGGGUGGCAGAGAGCAAAACAUGAAAUCUAACCAAGAACGAAGCAAUGAAAGCCUGCCACCAAAGAAACGUGAAAUACCCGCCACCAGUCGACCUUCUGAAGAGAAGACCGUUGGACUGACAAAUGAAAACCACCGCACAAAUAGCUUAUCAUGGCUCCCAUCCAAGCCCAGCAGUGACCUUGGUGCACGUCAUCAUGGGCCUCCAGGAACUUCAACAGAAACUGGUUUACAAAAGGGAGGAAGUUUACAUAAAUCACUUUCUACGAGUAUGGACUAUUCUCCCACUAGUACUACAAGAUCGGUACCAGUUGCAACAACAGUUCCUGCCAAUUACCAAACUGCUCAGUCUCUGUCAGGGGCAUCUAUGUCUCCUGUGCAAUAUGCUAAUGUGCCCCAAACUUACCAGUUUAUUGGGCCACCAUAUAGUGGACCAUCAUAUGCAGGAUUCAUAAAUUCACAGCUUAUUUCACCUACAUCAAAUUCUGGAUCCAGUGCAGUGUCCUCCAUGCCAGUAGGUGUUACAACUCCAACCCAGCGGUCCCAGGUGGAGGCUUUUUCCAGUAUGCUGGCCAAUACAAACAGCCUAAGUCAGCAGGGACAUAAAAUAGAACCACAUCUAGAUCGGACACCAGGAUUAAUUACUGCAGGUUCACCUACUCAGCCAAGUCAAUAUGUCCAUCUUUCCAGCUCAUCCCAGAGCACAGUCAGAACUCUCUCACCACCUGUUCAUUUACCUACUCACUCUACAGUGAUUCCGAAUACACUUACACUAGGUGCACCUUCCCAGGUGGUCGUGCAGUACUCAGAUUCAGGAGCUCAUUUUAUUGCUAGGGACCCUGCAAAGAAGGAAGACAAUUACAGGUCACAGACCAAGGAGUUAUUGAAUGGAGAAAUAGAGAAAGUUCGAAGAUUUGGAGUCCAUUGUACUGCAGAUGCACAGUUAAUGAAAGCAGGCAAUAAUAAACCAGCUUCCCAACAUUAUGAGACAAGACAUGUGGUGGUGCACCCUAGUACUGAUUAUAGUACUCGGGAUCCCUCAGGAGUUCGGACCUCAGUCAUGGUAGUGCCUAACAGCAACACAACUGCCACAGACAUGGAUGUCUCACAAACUAUUAAGAGAGAAACCUCACCUUUAGCAGCUCAUAACAGGGGAAGCAUACAUUUAGGAAAGCAAACCCAUCGGCCCUAUGUUUUAUCCCCACAGCAAACAUUAUGCCCAGAAGUAGUAAAAACUGUGGCUACAUUAUCUCCUCACACUGUCAUCCAGACAACUCACAGUGCAGCAGAACAACUUUCUGUUGGUUUGCCUGCUGCUUUUUAUGCGGGUACACAACAGCCAGUUAUUGGCUAUCUCAGCAGUCAGCAGCAAACCAUUGGCUACCCUGGAAAUUUGCCACAACACUUGGUGUUCCCUGGAACCCAGCCCUUACUUAUACCUGUUGGCAAUCCAGACAUGGAAUCAUCUAGGGUUGGGGUUACACCUGGUAUUGUGACGUCAUCUCCCCAGUUUGCAGCAGUGCCUCAUACAUUUGUCACUACGCCCAUUCCAAAAGGUGAAAACUACAGUGCUGAAACACUGGCAACUCAAACUGCCUACCAGGCUGCAUUGGUCCCAGCUCAAAUCCACCUCCCUGUUGUACAGUCUGUUGCUUCUCAUAUGGCAACUGCCCCUACACUGCCCCCUUACUUUAUGAAAGGGUCAAUCAUACAGCUGGCCAAUGGUGAGCUAAAGAAAGUAGAGGAUUUAAAAACAGAUGACUUCAUACAAAGUGCAGAUAUUAGCAACGACUUGAAAAUAGACUCCAGCACAGUGGAGAGAAUUGAGAGCAGCCAUAGUCCAGGCAUAGCUGUGGUGCAGUUUGCUGUGGGAGAGCACCGGUCACAGGUUAGUGUCGAAGUCUUGAUAGAGUAUCCAUUUUUCGUAUUUGGUCAAGGCUGGUCCUCCUGCAGUCCUGAAAGAACAAGCCAGAUGUUUGAUUUGCCAUGUUCCAAGUUGUCAGUGGGAGAUGUCUGCAUAUCGCUAACACUCAAAAAUCUGAAAAAUGGCUCGAUAAAGAAAGGCCAGUCCAUGGAUUCGGCUAACUUCUUGCUGAAGCACCCAAAGAAUGACAGUUUAUCUGGAAGCAGGCACAGGUAUGCAGAACAAGAGAAUGGAAUUAAUCAGGGAAGUUCACAGAUGGCAUCUGAAAAUGGUGAACUGAGAUGUCCAGCAGCAUUUAAUGCAGCCAAACUAGAACCUGGUAAGCCUCUGGCAACAAGGAAGAGGAGGUGGUCUGCCCCAGAAACACGAAAAGUAGAGAAAUUUGAAGAAGAACCACCAUUGACUCUUCCCAAGCCUUCUUUUAUUCCUCAGGAGGUUAAAAUUUGCAUUGAAGGUCGAUCUAAUGUAGGCAAGUAAAAUGGUUUUAAGAAUAGAAAUUAGGCAUACCCUUGUCAUUUUUAUUCAGAUUACUGUACUGUAGAAUAAAUAACCCAGUAUUUACAUGUUAUCAUCUUAUUUUAGGUUUAUGUUAUAACAUUGUUAUAGUGGCGGCUGAUAUACUACAGGAGAUCAGUGGUGCAUAUGUUUUUGCCCCAAGUGUUUGUAAAGUAGCUAGGUUUUAGUGGAGCUACUAAAGGGGAAAAACGGCUUUCUGCAUUUAUGAUGAAGAGGAAUGUAUUAAAGUGGCUCCUGUCAUCUUCUUACAGCAUGUCACCUUCAACUUAAACCAGAUUUUCAAUUUUUUUUUAGAAAGGAAUACAAGGGAAAUGCAGAAAGAAAAAAGAUUCAAGUGUGCAUUUCUGGGAACGCUUACAUAUUGAUCGGUCUGUCGGUCUGUCUCUUGUAGAGAGAGAUACGAUGUGUGUAUACUGGGGUUUCUGGCAUAAAAAAAGUAGAAUCAGAGGUCUGGCUUGGUCAAUGUCUCAGUGGGGCUUGCGUAAUUAUUCAUGUUCACAUUUCGCUUCACCUACCCACCAUACUUUGUGAUUCCUGCCUACCAACACAUUUAUUGGUAUGGUGCAAGUGAUGUCGGUUAUGGCCUCUUUGAUUUACGAACAACUUGGCUAACGACUAUGAACACUACCCUAAAUGUCAUUGGGGGGGGGGAAGCCCAAAAAGAGGCAAUGUUUUUUUUUUAAUCCCAAUAUUUUCAGAAUGUUCAGCCUAUCCCUCUAUUCUCUACAUUUUAUGUGUUUCUUCAUUUUCCUGUUUAUCGCCUUUUUCUGUUCAAAAAUAAAAACCAUCAGAAGUCUGGAAUUUUUGGGUAGCAUGAAAGGCAGAAAGGAUGCAAACAUUUUUGGAAGGCAAUAGACCAUGAAUAAUGGGUUCAAAUUUGAAAAAAAAAUACACUGGAUUUCAACUAUUGAAAAUGUUUUUUUUAAAAAAAAACGAAUUUUUAAAAAAUGUUCUAAACAUACACGGCUUCCAAAUAAGUGGAAUUUUUAGAAACAUAUUCGACUCUAUAUGGAAAGAGAAUAUUUCACUCGCUUUCUUCCCUACCUGCACAAUUUAACUUCAUGGGAACACGCUUCCUAUGUUACUUUAAAAAUUUCAAAUUUUGUGCUGUGAAAAAUGAUUUCAUUUUAUAGAAAUAGACCUGUACGUUGUUUCUCUUUUUUUUCAAUCUCAUUACUGCUGGUAUAGCAUGAGAAAUUCUCACUAGCAAGGCAGAAUAAUAUGACAAGCUGUGGAGGCAGUUGUUGUAUUGUUCUAGUGAGCUCCUAGGAGGACAAAUAACCAUGGGCAUGUGUUUUAUAUAGACGAAGCACAAUGCCUCUGGAGCACUAACAUAAAUAGUUUGCACCCUGGAUGCAAACCUUUUGUGUUUUAACUCUAGUACUGUUUUAGACUAAUUGGUGCCACUUUUUUUUUUUUUUAUAUAAUUUUUUGUUGAUAUUAUUAUUUGUGACACAACAAAGAAUUAGGUCUGGAGGAGGGAUAUGAGAUUGUCUAAUAGGCACUUAAAUUGCUGUUCACACUUUAUUGCCGAGCAUCUUGGUCUAAUGUUUGUCUAGUACUGUAUCUCACUUUUAAUCUGUGUAUUUAAGCAAAAGAAAAAAAAUCUUUAACACUGAAACCAUGUAAAUUGUGUUGCUUCUUAGAGCAAGAUGUUGAACGUUUCCAUGUGGUUUCAAAGGGAUGAAUGUAAAUCUUGACCCAGGAUGUGACCGUUAUUGUCCCAGAGGACUACUUUUUAGAAGGCACUUUUAAAAAAACACAAAAAAGGAAGGGUGGAAGUCAUAUGUGAGCUGACAUGAAUAAAGAGAGUGAUAGGGAAACUUUAAGCUAGGUAGAAAAUAGAAAAACAUUUUUGUCCAGUGUUUUUAAAAGAUGGACUUUAAACUAAAAAAAAAAAAAAAAAAAAAAAAGGAAAAAUAACUUUGCAGUUUGCACAUCUUCAGUUUCGCAUUUGGAUGAUAUAUCCUGCAAAUAAAUUGUGAUAAUGUUGUUGAGAAAGGAAAAAAAAACAGCUGAAAGAAUAUGGAUAUAUGUAGCAAAUACUUAUUAACUUUGCCUAAUUUGUUAGGGCAAUGUUUCUUUCACCGUUUCAAUCUCUCUGUCACACUGAACCAAGUCUGAGAAGGAGAACUCUUAGAAAUCUCAAUGUAUUUUAGUUCCUUUUUUUAAAAAACAAUUUUCCUUUUUUUUUUUAAGGUUUUUAAGAUUUACCUCUACAAACUAAAGAUCUGUAGUCAUGAGUACAGAUGUUUUCUGUGUAUAGAUGAGUAUGUUUUUCCUUCUUUGUACUCAAGUUGACGUAAAUAGAAAUCCGUACCGUAAAGGACACAGGUAGAUUGCACAUGUUAAAAAAAAAUAUAUAUAUAUUUUAAAGGUGCAGUCCCACGUAGUCGUUCCAGAAAAAAAAUAUAUAUAUGCAUUAUAAAUAUUUGUACAAAUCACUUUUAUUUUACUUUAUCUAUCUUGAUCAUAUAAUUCAUUGUGACAUGCUCUGGUAGCUUGCUUUUAUGGAGAAAUAUUGGUUUCAUAUGUUAGGUGAUGUUUUCUAUAAAGAAAAGUGUAAUUUUUUCCCUGUUCUCUGCAACUAUGGAGACAUUGUUGCAGUUCUUUUCUCAGUAAUGUAUUUAACCUUUUAAUAGAUAUAAUAUGUAUUACGUGAUAUGUGUUACUUGAGCCUUGCACACACAGGCUUCCAGGCCUACAUUUCCAAAGUUAUAGAAAAUGUAGACAUAUAACGAACAUUUUAACACAAAUAUAUAUCUCUCAGAUUGUCACAGAAUAGAAAUGUUUGACGCUUUAGACAAGUCCAGUAUCUAGUUAACAACUGGAUAUAAAACAACCACUUACAUUUAUUUUCUGGUCUUGAAUUGUGAUUGUCUUUACUCCUAAUAUACUUCAAUUUAAUGGAAACUGAACGAUAUUGUAGUGAUUUUGCCUAAUUCUGACAAAGAAUACUAUGUUUAUAGAUUCAUUUGGGCAUUGGGUUGGUAACCAAAUUUUUGGGUAAUGUUUUUCAUGGAGCCAAAUACAGACACCUGUAGGCCUGUCCAACUCCUUAAUCAUCUCUAUAUAUAAGAUUCAGUCUAAUUGAUACAGCCCUCAGGGACACCACCACCAUAGGUUGUUAGUAGGGCAGGCACAGGCAGCUGAGAAACAAGAAUGCCUGCCACUGUCCACAGUUUUGGGAACAAUACUUACAGUUUUUCACAUGGUUCUUUAUGGUAAUGUCACAAAAGGAUAAUACAGCACUCACUCUGUUUAGGAGCUAGUGGGUUUAAUAUCCUUAGAAGAGACGGGUGAUUUAGAUGAAGUUGAAGUGGACAGGUGAAGCAGUUGGGCUCCUGGGCCAUACAUCUGAUUUAGACUGCUGAUAAAGAAUGAGUAGCUAUCUCUUAAUUGAUCUGUUUGCCUGGUUAGUUCAUAGUCAGCUUGAGUUGCCUGGCUACUGACAGGCAAUGAAAACAUCCAGCAAACUAGGUGUACCAUGGAGUACCUCAAAUCAUGUAUCUUGCAACAUUGGGGAGGCAGCUGUUCACAUUUUGGGCAACUUGACAUCUAAUAGCUGAAGGAGCCACACUGUGUUCUCAAGGUACAAAAUAUUCACACUGAAGAUAUAUACAAUUUGAAUGUAAAAUGGUAUUAGGAAGGCAUUUAAAAAAAUGAAUAUUAUAGGCAAUAACCAUUACUUCAACGAGCAUUCAAUGCCACACUGCCAUAGUUAUCAAUACAAAAGAAAUCAGGCAACCCAGAAAGCAAUAAACUAAAUGAGAACAUUAAUGAAAAACAUUAGUGCAGUUUCAUAGCGCUGAAUGCAGUCACGUUAUAGCCCUCUCUCACACUCUCUCACACACUCUCUAACUCUCGCAGAACCCUGAAGCUUGCUGUUCCAAAUAUGAACACUGAUCUAGCUCAUUUUUUCUGUUUGUUGCCACUUUUUUUGGGAUUUUAGACAAGGAGAGGGCUUAUGUCUUAAACUGAUAAUUCAGUGCUGCAUUGAAAUCCAUUUCACUGCAUCGUGUCUUCUCUCUUCUUGUGUCAGUGUGGUGUUCCUCCCUGAUAUAAGAGGGUUUAAUGUUGUAUGUAAUCCUCAGGGCACUUUUUAAAUCUUCUGUUUCACUUGCUGAGGUAUGAGGGAUUGAAAUUGAUUAGGCUUGUUUUCCACAUGAAUUCACUCUGGUACCACUAUAAGCAGAACACAGGUGAAACAGUACAGUAUCAUACUCACUCGACCCACAUAGAUAUCUGCAGAAAUCCAUUGAUUUCCCCAUGUGUUUUCAGGAAAUGAAUAGAUGAAGGCGGUGUGAUACCAAGAAAAGUUAUAUACUUGUAGUGUACAGCCCUUGAACUUACCCUAUGCCUAAUCACAGCUAUUGUGGGCAGGACUCAGUAGUCUGGUGUCUGCCUGUCUCUGGCACCCAGACUAUGGAGGCCACUAGCCUGACAUCCAAUCAGAGUGACAGCAUACAUAUGCCACUUGAUGGGAUGUAGUUCAUAGACUCUGAUUCAGGGAAUAGCUAGCUACCUUCCUAAACUGACAUGGAUUGAUUUCAGGGCCUUUAAGACCUACUGGAGAAAAGAAUCUUGCAAAACCCCUUAACAGCUGGCCUUUGCUGAGAUGGUGACAUUGUUGUAGAGCUGUGCAAUAAAUGACGAGCUGGUGGUGUUGGAUCCGAACAUAGGAAGGUGGUAAAGUUAAGUUCUAUGUGCCACAUAAGAGCAUCCGCAAAAAAUGAAAGUAGGUCCAGCUUAAGGUUCUUUUUUAUGGAGUUGGCCUGAAAAUAAAUGUUCUGGCCCACACUGUGUGUGUAGUCUAUAUAUUCUGGUAUAGAGUGCUGGAGUUCUCCCUGAACUCGGAGCCCCACGUUGGCUUUCAUUGUCCUUUUCCUUUUGCCUCUUUUAUGUGCAGUCCGGCUGUAACAGACUUGGGAGUGCAAACACUUCAUAUGCACAUUUCUGUAGGGCACCUUUCAUUUUAUCUACGCCUGGGACUGUUAUGUAACCUGCAGUAUACCUGUAGAGGAAACGGGUUGAGGGCAGGAGCCUAAAGAAUUUAUUUUUGUAACAAACACACAACAAAAAAAUGUAUUAGUCAAAAGCUUGUUCUACAGGGUCAUCCCAAAUGCUGCACCUAAUACAGUGAUUGCACCCAUCACUCCUUGUAACAGUCAUGUAAGGUUUAUGCGCAUGUAUACCUGUAUAUUUACUGGCUAGAUAUGCAAUAUAAACGCACAUUGAAAUAACAAGAGUAUUUCACCUCUGUGCCCGGUUGCCGGCAGCAGUUAGAAAACGCAACGGCUGCAUGGAGACAAGGCAAAAAAUAACUUGGUUGCUAUGCAACAUCUCUAUGAUCUCAUCCUCAGAUGCAAUAUAGAAUCUCUAGAAAUGAUGGCAUUGCAUUUCUAUCUGCAUUUUGUAUCCUGGUAUAGGAAUUUAUAGUAUCCAGAUUCAGAACCCUAGUCAUAGUCUUUGUGGCCUAGGAAGUCAUAUUAAUAGCUCCCAGGAUUUUCACUUGAUGCAUGUCAUGUCUGUGGAACAUUAGAGAUUCUCCUAAAGUUCUUCUAGGAGGGAUAGGCUCUCACGCACGUACGUGGCCAUGCAUUAAAGGAAUAAGCAAAGAAUGUAACACAAACUAUAUACUCUAUAUUUCCCUCUUAUAAAUGAUUCUGUAUCUUUAACGUAAGGCUCUACCACACAUUGCUCAAUGUAAAUCCAGGGUCGGGUAUAUACAGUGCUAUGUAUAGUGAGAAAAAAAGAAGAUAAAAGAUAUAUGUGUAUAUAGACAGCAUAUAUAUUUUUACAUUUCAAAAUACGCAUACAGGUGAAGUGUUAUUUUUCUACCCCACGCGCUCCGUAAACCCCCCAAAAAAAGUAACAUUGGCACCUACCAAUAAGGGCCUCACGGAUCCGUAAAAAAUAUUUUUUUAAAGCGAUUUAAAAUAUAGAAGCAAACCUUAAAGCAGCAGUUCAUUAAAUAGGGAUGUUGGAAUCCACAGUGAACUACAAUUUCCAGAAUCCCUUUCGAGUAGAUGUGAACUCUGCCACUGUGUAAGCUGCUGGGGGGGAACCCGAGCUACAAUGGCGUGAGUCCUUCUCUUAGAAGAAACACGUGGAUGCAGUACAUUGAUUUGCUGUGUCUCAUGGCUCAGCACUUUGCUUUUGCAGAUUUAAUAACUGCUAAGUACAGCGAGGGGGGAGGCAAAUGGAUGUUCAUGGAAUGGACUGCUGCUUUGAGUUCAUGUAAAUGUUGGUAGAACAGCUUUAGCUCCGUUGUUCAUUGUUCCACACCAUAACUCUUUUUUAUAACAGUAUAACAAACACAUCAUUUACUUACUUGCUUGCUUGACAUGUCAGAAGCAGAUUUCAGAUUUUUGUGAUUGUGAAAUGAUGAUAUACCUUUUCUUUUUUUUGUAUGUUUGCUAUGGGGAAGCCUGGAUACAUAUGUAUAAACCUAUGGUACUCAUUUCUCGUUGGCUGGGCGGAAUAGGAGGUGUAAUAGUAACAGGCAUAGAUAGAUCCAGAUGAUUUACUUCUAGGCACUUUUAGACUUUGUAUAUAUUGCAAUAGCGUCUUCACUCUCUCGCUUUUUUUUUUUUUUUUGACGUUGAGUUUAUAUAAUCAUCAGUACUUUCUUCAGGGCAAGUCAUCAGAACAAGAACCUCUUCAUAGGGAUUUCUAUUUAAAAGCUAUGACUGUUGCUUACAGAUUUAAAAUGGGGAUUCUUUUCUUUGGGAAUGGGUCACGUCAGGGUGGAAUAUAUAGACGAUGUUUUGCCUUAUGUCUUUUUUAAUUCAGUAACAAUCCUUUGUCCUUUCUGAUUUCCUCCUUUUUAUCCCCUAUUCCCGUUAAGAUUUAUUGGCUUUUCUUUUUUUUUCAUGUCUGCCUGUAAAUGUCAUUGCAUAACAAGGGAUGACAUCAUUAAUGUUUUUAAUCCAAUAACAUUUUAGGAAACUUUCACACCUCUUACUCAGGGAUGGGGCUGGUAUAAGUGUGGUACACUGAUGUGACCAGAAGCAGCACUUUCACUGCUCUAGAGUAGGGAUGUUUCAUUUUUAACGUUUUUCUCUUUGGACUGCAUCAUUCUAUAUCAGCUAAAUUACAAUAUAAUUCCGCAGAAGUAGGCUGAAUGUGCCUGGGUUACACACUAGUCAUGCUAAUGAGUUUAUGUUGCCAAAAUACAGUACACAAGGCAUAUUGCAUAUAACGAAAUAACACUCCAGCCUUCGCCCUCCAGGCAAUAUAUUGUGUUAGGAAAAAGAGAAAACUAAAUGACCAGAUGUUCCUGACAUGGUCUGUUUAGAUGGCCGUUUAUACAGAACAGCAAAACCAGGCACAUUGCUUCUCUGCUGCGUAUUGUGUUGUAAUAAAAAGGCUUAUGGUGUCGCAUUUGGGCACUCAGCCAUUUAUAAAACCAGAGAAAAAUACAAACAAUUUGCACAACUCUACUCGGGAGUAUACCUUUUCUUUUUUUUUAUUAUUUUACGUAGAUGACCUCGCUUCGGAUGUGUUACCUUACUGAUAGAACCUUUUUUCUUGUAGCACUAUAUGUUGUGGGAAUAUUUUUUAAUGUAAACCUAGUCUGAGACGCUUAAACCUUUUUCUGAAGCACUCACGUUUAGGAGUACAUGACAUGCUUAAAAGAAAUUGCACAAAAAAAUGAAUGUUGGAAUUGAUAAUUCAGUGUUUGAAAAGACAUGGAAUUUGUUGAAAUAAUAGUGGGGGUCGUACCCUGUUUGUAAAGUAAAUAUAUAUAUGAGUGUGUAUGUGUGUGAAGGUGUGUUUGUGUGUAUGGAUGUGUGUGCCAAAACACAUGUAUACAUACACACACAGCAAUUCAUGUUUGUAUACAAAAGUAGAAAGGUUAAACAUUUGCUUUUUAUUUUUUUUCCUUUCUUGUAUAUAGAAAUCUGUCAAGUUUAGAUGAUCAGGGGUAAGUGGCAACCGCCAGAAAACAAUUUCUGCUUAAUCAAGGGUUGUAAAGGACAAGUUUGCUUAAUUUUAACUCGGGUGUAGAAUUCAAAAGGUAUCAUGUAUAUCUGGGAAUACUGAAGUAGCUGACUAACAGAAGAAGGAGCCAAAUGAUGCGCCGUUUCCAAUACUGUGAUGGUCACGGAGAGGUAAAAUGUACAGGGGGGGGGGGGGGCUGAAUACUGGAUUACAGCACAGUUUGUGAGUGUUUCUAUUGCAUUGAAAUGUUCAAAGUAGAGAAUGUAUAGCACCAAAAUGUCACUAUUUGCUAGACUGAUCACUGGAUGGCAGUGUCUGCUGGUGCUGGAGCUGUCUACUUCACUAUAACAUCUUGUAGUUGUGCCUCAAAAGUGUUGUCAUGUUGUUGCUACACAAAUCCUGAAUUACUGUCUCACAUAUUUAAUGAAAACCCAUACAAUAUGGCACUUGUUCAUGUUUGUUCUGAUCAGCCAAAUAAAUACCUCCUCCUCCUUUUUACAAGCCUAAUCUUUCUUUUAAGCAACAAAGCUUCAUAAGAAACCCAUAGGAAACAGCUCAUCUUUUCUUAAUCAUAUUAGGUAUUCUUUUAUUAGUCGCCCCAAAAAGGUGAGAAUUCCCCGUGUAACAAUGCUAUCUGACCUUGCUUCACGUAUAUUAAGGUUUAUAAGCUACAGUAAGGAUAUCCUUUCCAAACUGACUUUUUCAAACUUAUGAAAUUCUGUAAUAAUUAAUAUUAAAAAGAAUUAAGUACAUUUGUUCUUUGUGACUUGGUAGUUAUUGUGAAAUAAUCUUGUUUUAUCUACAUUACAUGAAUGAACUAAGGUCUUCCACUGAAAUAUGAUUGGAGACUUCACCCAUAUUAUUUCUUUGUUCACCUUCUACUUUGGCUGGUCAAAGCUGCAAUUUGCUUUUCUUGUCUGUGCUUUUCUCAUAGUUUGAGAGUGUUUCACAGCCAAUACCCAGUUGUUCACUUUAGUCCAAAAAAAAAAAAAGAUGGCGCCAGGUUGGCGCUGAUUAGCCGAGGAGUGAUUCUUGGUUACUUUUGUUCGGGGAAAAGAAUAAAUUACAGAAUCACGAAAUACAGGUAUGGGACCUGUUAUCCAGAAUGCUUGGGACCUAGGGUUUUCUGGACAAGGGAUCUUAACAUAAUUUGGAUUUCAAUACUUUGUCUACAAAAAAAAUCAUUUAAACAUUAAAUAAACCCAAUAGGAUUGGGUAAAGAUUAAGGCUUUCUUAGUUGGGAUCAAAUACGAGGAACUGUUUUAUUACUACAGGGAAAAAGGAAAUCAUUUAAAAAAAAAAUAAUUAUUUGCUUAUAAUAGAGUCUUGGGAGAUUGCCUUCCCGUAAUUCUGAACCUUUUGGAUAGCUGGUUUCAGAUAAUGGAUCCGAUAAAUGUAUACCACAAUGUCCAGAUUAAUGUGUUGCUAAAAGAAGAGAAAUCAUUUAUGACAAAAAGUUAAACUAGAAAAAUGUGUCCAAAAAAUAGAUUCUCCAUGCCAUACUAGUCCUAGAAAAACAGGGAUAAUUUGUUGCAAAGCAUAUUGACUUCCUAGUUCUUCUGAAGAUUUUGGGGAAAAAUAUUAAAUAACUACCAACACCCCCCCCCCAAAAAAAAAAGAAUGUGAGAGGUUCAAAGAACAGACUCGAUAAGACUUUAGAUAAUUAUUUUCAUUUUAGUUUCCUAAUUAAGCAAAGUGCCCCUAUUGAUAAAUACACAAAGUCAAUUUGUAUAAGUCAAAAUAUUUAUAAAAUAUAUUUCCUACAACUGUUACAUUUUGCUUCUGAAUGAUAAAUAAUGAUGCUUCCCCAACUGAGUGCAUCUGCCUUACAUGCUUUAAAUACUGUCUUUGUAUUUCAAGAGAGUCCCCCAACCUCAGGUAUCAAGUUCGGGUAUGAAAGGCAAAUAUUGCUGAGUGACAGCCAAUGAGAACCAAUACAUUCUACUUCUGUACAGCUGUUAAGCACUCUUCCAUGAUAAGCCCAAUGAAAAGUCAUUUGCAGCUUUGUGUUGGAAAGGAGCCGGGCUGACUCGGCCGAUAUAAAAGGCAAAAGGAGGAAAUAAUAUUUUGCACCUUACUGAGCAGAGGAAAAUUUUCAGUGCAUACAGACAUAGUUCAGAGCUUUUAUUGUGACAGAUUUUUUUCCCAUAUGCGUGCAUACUCUCUGUAAUUCCAGUGUAAAAUAUUGUACUUGCACUAGCUUUUAUAAAAACAAAUAUUAAAAAAAUGGAAGAAUUCAUAUUCUAUUUUCUAAUUGUGGUGUGUCUAUUUGUAGGAUACACUCAAGUCUGUUUAUUGAAUUUUAUGGUCCCUUUCUUUGAUGGUGCUUGCAGGUUUUCUAGGUAGAAAUUAUUUCAUUAUAAUAAAACAAUGUUUGAUUCAAAAUUUGAACAAAAUUGUUUUAAAGAAAUUGUCUGUAUACCAGUACAAGUUUAUUGUUUCAGUAUACUCGUACUAAUAAAAUAACAGUGCCAAUUGCA